AUUUCGCGUUAAUAAAAACUUUUAUGCAAAGUUACGAAAAAUUUUAAAUCUGGCAAUGAUGAUUAUAUGUUUAUAUUUCUUUGUAAUUACCAAGCUUUACAAUUAUAUUGGAUAGAAUAUACCACCUACAUAUAUAAAUAAAUUUAUAUUUGGUCAUGUCAGUUACAUGAAGAGGAAAACGUGAUUCCAAUUUUGUUGUUUAGGUAACUUUCGUUUGCCUGGCUCGCUUGCGUGUAUCCAAACGGUUUUUGACGGAUUUUUUGUAGAGGUUAUGUUUACUGCAUAAUUUUGUCGAGUCAGAAUUUAGAUAUCUAUUUGAGGAUAUAAAAGUGACUGAUUCACUACAUAACAAUAAUAACGCAGUACAAUCAAAAUGUUGGUGACUUUGAAAACAUUACAACAACAAAGUUUUCAAAUCGAGAUUGAUCCAGAAGAAACUGUCAAAGCAUUGAAGCUAAAAAUCGAAGUUGAGAAAGGUAAAGAUUAUGCGGCCGAUUAUCAACGACUUAUUUACGCCGGGAAGAUUUUGCUCGAUGACAAUAAGAUAAGUACAUAUAAUAUAGAUGAAAAGAAAUUCAUAGUUAUAAUGGUAACUAAACCAAAACCAGCGGAAACUCCGGCUUCCUCAACUUCUGCGCCAGAAGCAGGUGAAAGUGCUUCAACUGAAAGUGGAGACUCUAAAGAGAAAAACUCUAUUGAAGAAACGCCAAAGCCCCCAACUACUACAGAACCAGAACGUGCUGUCGAAACCCCAGCAGUUGCGAAUGAACCAGACUUUGAAUCAACAGUUCAGAGUAUAAUGGAUAUGGGCUACAAUCGACAACAAGUGGAACAAGCUCUUCGAGCUUCAUUCAAUAAUAGAGAAAGGGCAGUAGAAUAUUUAAUAACAGGUAUACCAGAAGAGUUGCUUCAGGAACAAGAAGCUGAAGAAGGGUCAGAUGAGGAUCCAUUAGCAUUCCUCCGUGACCAGCCACAGUUUCAACAGAUGCGUGCAGUUAUUCAACAGAAUCCUAACUUGUUGAAUGCAGUUUUACAACAGAUUGGCCAAACCAAUCCUGCAUUAUUGCAAGCAAUCAGUCAGCAUCAACAAGCAUUUGUGAGAAUGCUCAAUGAGCCUGUUAAUCCCCCAGCAUCUGGAGCAGCAGCAGCCACAGAGGAGAGUGCAAUAGCAGACUCUGCACAACCUCAACAACCACAUAACAUUAUUCAAGUUUCACCCCAAGAUAAAGAAGCUAUUGAAAGGUUAAAAGCUUUGGGUUUUCCUGAACAUAUGGUAAUUCAAGCAUACUUUGCUUGUGAAAAAAAUGAAAAUCUGGCAGCUAAUUUCCUGCUAUCACAAAAUUUUGAUGACUAAAAUAAUUUUCAUUUAUAACAAUGAACUUGUUGAAGUGGAGAGACGAAAUUAUAAAUUCAACAUUCAUGAAAAAAGUGUAUUUCAUAUGUUUUCCUAUGUCAAUAGCCUAAUAGUUUACUGCUUGUAUAUUUCAUGUGUACAUUUUACACUGAAUUUCAUAAUUUGUCAUGUCUAAUAAAUUUCUUAUUGUUCAAAUGCAUUAUUUAUUACUGUUAUGUUAUUUUGGAAGAAAUAAGUAAAUUGAAAUUUAAAAAUGUAAACAAAACUAUAAUCAAAUUGAACUUUAAAUUUUUUUAAAUAAAUAGAAAGGAAUGUAAAUAAAGUAGUUAUAUGAAUGAAAAGUGUAGAACAAUGCUGUUUAUUUAGUUUUACACAUGUGAAUUAUAUUUGAUCACUUCAAACUCGUAAAUUAAUUUGGUAUUUUAGCUUGUUCCCUAGCAUUAUGUAUAAGUAACUGAAAAUGAAUUUGUCAAGGGCUGUUAUGUUAAAUAUAUAACAUAAAUAGUAUAUAGAUCAUAUAUUUUAAACUGAUCUACUAGUUGGGCUCAUUUGUAUAUUUAAAUUAAAAAAAAAAAACGAGAAUCUGCUAGUCAUCUAUCAAACUGACAUAAAGCUUAAAUAUUAUUCUAGCGCUAAUACCUUACCUUUGGUGAUUUUGAUACUGUCGACCCAUUUCAUGUAUCUAUCUGUGCACAAUUCCAUCCAAAUAAAUUUUGCUAGGGUAAAUUCAUAGUGACUAUAAUGUACUCUUUAGUCAUAGAAAUAAAUAAUUUCAUACUUAUAGGUAAAUACCUAAUUUUAGAAAUACAUAAUUAGAUAUAUUUGUGUGUCUCUAGAUAGAAAAUUUAGCAUAAUUUUUUUUGAAUAAAAUAUAAAACGUAAAAUAUCGCAUUGAUAAAUGUAGGUAUAUGGAAAUCAUUGUUUUUAAAUAUAUUCUUUCUUACUUGAUCUUAAAUUCAGCAACGAGCAAUAUAUUAAAAAGUCCCAUAUCACGAUUUUCGUUUAUGCUAAUUUACGAAAUAGUUCAAUGAAAUUUUCUAAAUGUAUAAUUAUUAGGUCCAACUUGAGAAAUAAGAUAGCUUUUAAUGCGAUGAAAAAUGGACCUAGUAGAUGUAUUUUAAUGGGAUGAAAAUGGAAUCGUACUCUGCCUGCCCUAAAGAUGUAGGUAUACUGGCGGGACACCAGCGAGGGAUGAUAGAUGAGAAUGAAGGCGUGGUUAAUUCGCCAGGAACUAACUACGAUGGUUUCUAGAGGGACCCGGUUGGGGGUCGGUCUGCCCUGGUUAGUCUGUAGGAGGCAAAACAGCGUUUGCCAGCUUAACUAAUAAAGUAUGCAUAUAAUAUGUUCUACACUGUAAAUCCAGAUGAAGUAGUCGGGCAUUUGUCGACUCCAGCCAUUGUAGUAAACGUAACAUUUAUUGUACUUACAUUUCGCCGACCAAGCCACAAUCCUACCGCCGUGUCAUCUUUGGGAUUAUUAUAUUUUUUUUAACUAC